AUGACUCGUGAUAUUCAGAACCAUCUGCUAUUUGAGUGUGCCACAGAGGUGGCCAACAGGGUUGGUGGGAUUUACUCGGUCUUGAAGUCCAAGGCCCCAGUCACCACUGCCCAGUACAAGCAGAACUAUAUGCUGCUGGGUCCCUUGAACAAGGCCACGUACCAGCAGGAACUGGACCAAAUUGACUGGGAAGCGGACGAUGCAUUCCCAGAGGACUUGAAACCAAUCCAAGAGGUGUUGAAGUCGAUGCGCUCAAAGGGUGUCUACUUCGUCUACGGUACUUGGUUGAUUGAAGGUUCUCCUAAAGUGCUUCUGUUCGAUUUAGGGUCUGUCAGCUGGAACCUAAACAACUGGAAGGGUGACUUGUGGUCACUGGUAGGUAUCCCAUCCCCAGAAAAUGAUGUAGAGACAAACGACGCGAUUUUGCUGGGGUACACGGUCACAUGGUUCUUGGGGGAAUUGGCUGUGAAGGAUACUAAACACGCUAUCAUUGCUCAUUUCCACGAAUGGUUGGCUGGUGUUGCUCUACCACUGUGCAGGAAGAAGAAAAUCGACGUAGUGACUAUUUUCACAACACAUGCUACUCUACUGGGUAGAUAUCUAUGUGCUGCCGGUGACGUUGAUUUCUACAACAACUUGGCGUAUUUCGACGUCGAUCACGAAGCUGGGAAGAGAGGCAUUUACCACAGAUACUGUAUCGAGAGGGCAGCUGCCCACACAGCAGAUGUGUUCACCACAGUCUCGGACAUCACAGCGUUGGAGGCGGAACACUUAUUGAAGAGGAAGCCAGACGGGAUCUUGCCCAACGGUAUUAAUGUGGUGAAGUUCCAGGCUGUACACGAGUUCCAAAACUUGCAUGCUUUGAAAAAGGAGAAGAUCCACGAAUUUAUUAGAGGUCACUUCCACGGUUCCUUUGACUUCAACCUGGACAAGACUUUGUACUUCUUCAUCGCCGGUAGAUAUGAGUACAAGAACAAAGGUGCUGACAUGUUCAUUGAGGCAUUGGCUCGUUUGAACUACAGAUUAAAGAUGGCCGGAUCCAAGACCACAGUUGUUGCGUUCAUCAUUAUGCCAGCGAAAACCAACUCUUACACAGUCGACGAAUUGGAGAGCCAAGCUGCUGUAAGAUCUUUGGAAUCCACCGUCUCUGAAGUUACCAAACACAUCGGUAAGAAGAUCUUCGACCACGCUUUGAAAUUCCCAAACUCUGGAGUUAAUACGGAAAUUCCAGUCGACCUAUCCGAACUACUGUCCCAGUCGGACAAGAUCAUGUUGAAGAGAAGAGUUCUGUCUCUACGAAGACCAGACAACCAACUGCCACCUAUUGUUACCCAUAAUAUGGUUGACGACGCCACUGACCCUGUGUUGACGCAAAUCAGACACGUGCAACUGUUCAAUAAAUCAAGCGAUAGAGUCAAGGUCAUCUUCCACCCACAGUUUUUGAAUGCCAACAACCCAAUCUUGUCCGUGGACUACGACGAGUUUGUUCGUGGUUGCCAUUUGGGUGUGUUCCCAUCAUACUACGAACCUUGGGGUUACACCCCAGCUGAGUGUACAGUGAUGGGUGUUCCCUCGAUCACUACCAACCUGUCUGGUUUUGGUGCGUACAUGGAGGACCUAAUUGAGGCAAAUCAAGCCAAGGAUUAUGGUAUUUACAUUGUGGACAGAAGAUACAAGUCUCCAGAUGAAUCCGUCGAACAAUUGGUCGACUACAUGGAAAGUUUCUGCCAAAAGACUCUAAGACAGAGAAUCAACCAAAGAAACAGAACGGAAAGGUUGUCUGAUUUGCUAGAUUGGAAGAGAAUGGGCUUAGAAUACGUCAAGGCGAGACAACUAGGUUUGAGAAGAGCGUACCCAGAAGAGUACAAGCGUUUGAUGGGUGGUGAGGACGUUAGUGACGAAAACAUGGAUACUCUUGCUGGCACCAAGAAAUUCAAGAUUGCCAGACCAAUGAGUGUACCUGGGUCUCCAAGAGACUCCAGAUCUGGUAGCACCGUGUUUAUGACCCCAGGUGAUCUUGGUACUCUGCAGGACGCUAAUAACGCGGAUGAUUACUUUAACCUAAGUUUGAAUCCAGACGGUACUCCCGCUAAUGAUGACGAAGACCCGAUUGAUGAUGACGAAUGA